UCAUCAUGUAACCUCGUGUAUCAAAUUUGUGGGUUUUUGAAUUGUUUAAAUAUGGAAGGCUUUAUUAGUAAACUUCCUUGUCGUAGGACAGUCUGCGUUUUUUGUUUUUUUAUUUUUUUUGCUGGGAGAUCUAGGGUCCAAAAAAUUGUUUCGUUGGCUUACUGUUGUGUUAUUUAAUUAUUUUUCUUUUGUUAUAUAGAUUUAGACCUUAUUCGUUCGUUCAUGCUAUACAAGUACAAAAACCUACUUUUGCUUCUCUUGACUUGGACGGAAUUUAAAGAUGUAAGUGCUUUCCCCCAUAACCAUGGACAAACUGGUCUCCAUCAUCGCCAUCACCAUGCAAAUCUUAAGCGUGAUACCGUGCAGUGUGCUUUUCCACAUGCCGAGAAAAUGAUCGCUGUAACACCAGAAGAGGGGAAUGCUGGCUGGGCUAUGUCUCCCAAUCAGUACUGUACUUCAGAUUCUUGGUGCCCAUAUGCCUGUGAGCCAGGAUAUUUAAUGGCUCAAUGGAGCCCUCAUGCAACUUCUUACACUUAUCCUGAGUCGAUGCAUGGAGGGCUCUACUGUAAUUCCAAUGGUAGUGCCGUAAAACCUUUCGAAAACAAGGAUUACUGCUAUCCCGGAUCUGGUAACGUAUUUGCAGUUGAUGAAUCUGGGAACGGUGUUUCUUUUUGCCAGACUGUUCUGCCUGGUAACGAGGCUAUGCUUAUACCAACUUGGGUCUCUGCUAGUUCAAAGCAAGUAUUAGCAGUCCCAGAUGCCACCUACUGGGACGGUACUGCUGCCCAUUAUUAUAUCAAUCCCCCUGGUGUUUCUACAAGCGAGGGCUGUGUAUGGGGUUCUUCCGAUAAACCCUAUGGAAACUGGGCCCCCUACGUAGCUGGUGCCAACAUGGAUCAAAAUAACAUUACUUAUGUGAAGUUGGGUGCAAAUCCCAUAUAUUUGGAUGAUCCUUACUGGUCUACAAUCAAGCCAACCUUCGGAUUAAAGGUUGAAUGUGAGGGCGAUACCUGUUCUGGAUUACCAUGCUAUAUGGAUCCUCGUGAAAAAGGUGUCCAAGGAUGUCCUGAUGGGAGCCCUAAUGGGGCAGGGGAUGCUUGUUUUUGUGUUGUUGGUUUUCAACCAGGAACAACCGCUCGAAUCGUCGUGGUCGACUACAGUGAUCAAUUGAGCUCCUCGUCGGUUUUUGCUUCCAGUACUGCAACUGCAACUACUCCUUCUAUAUCUACAUCAGCAACGGCGUCAAGCACCUUGACUAGUGGUAGCACUUCCUCUUCGUCUAUCCCAACUUCUGAUACCCAAACGACUUCUCAAAGUUCGUCUUCGAUUUUCUCAACCGCUCUUAGAAGCACUGUCAAGCCUAAUGCCAGUAUAGAGAGAGGUGACUAUGAUAAAGGGAGUCAAUCUUAUCUUAAAGGAAACGACGCUUUUUCUUCGGCUGGCGUCCUUUCUGAUACUGGCUUCGUAACCGUUGAUGCGCCUAGUUCUGGAAACGGUCGAACGAUCGAUCAGAAUAGCGGAUCCGUUACAUCAGGAAGCAAUUCUUUUGUUACCAACUCUAUAGUAGCUGGUACGAGUUCUUCUAAAAGCAUUCAAUCUGAUGCCCGCAACAGUGAGUUGUCUACUUCUACCAACGACCCUGUAGUCACAAAAAUGACUACAAGUAUACUCGAGGGAAGUUCAUCCAAAGAUCCCAACAAAGAGGGAAAAACUGUUUCCGGAUCUGAGAUGUCUACUAACAGUGCAGAAUCGAACAUUUUCCUUACUACGGUAACUUCUUAUUCGAAUUCUGCAUCCCCAGUAGUCCAUACAGUCAAUGGACAGGAAACGACCUCUACUACGACGGUAGUUGUUCCACAUAUGCAUGCAGAGAUACAAACCGUCUUUGAUAUAACAGUGGCACCUAAUGUGGCACAUGAGACAGCUUUUGCUACUGUUUUUGAGACAGCAACGCAAUAUGCUUAACAAUACCAAUUUUACAGAUCAACAGCAUAUUUACAAUCAUGAUGAUUGUUUAAUUGUUCUUUGGUAUUCUAAAAAUUCUGAAUAAAAACACAAUGCUUAUUGUGUUUUCAUUGACUUUUUAAAUGGCUACAGUUAUUGAAUGAAGUCAAGCUCUCACACUCCUUAAUGAUUCCUUUUUUUGUUGGUUUUGCUUUUUGUUACCAUUCUUUUCCCAGAAAAUGUUUACUAAUCAAUUGGUCCUCAAAAUAUAGAUACUUGUACUUUUAUAAUCUAAAAUUUAAGGAUAGUAAUGAAUGUUUGGUUUUGAAAUACGAU